CUUUUUUUUUUUUUUUAAAUCUAAGGGUGAGAAGGCUUUUCUGGCUUAAACCCCCAAAAUCCAGAUCCCAAAACCCUGGGUGCAGUGCGAAAGAGGGCCAUCUCUCUCCCAUUUCUCUUCGGCGUCCUCACUCCUCUUCGUUCAGCCGCCCAUCCAUGGCCGCCAUCGCCAGUAGGACUAUGCUUCGCUCCGCCACCACUUCUGCCCGGACUGUGGCGGCAAAAGUGGUUACUGGGGCCAAGCCGAAGCCCUCUUCCUCCCCCUUCCGCAUCCCUGCUCAAAAACCCCUCUCCGCUCGCUUCUUCAGGUCACCAGUUGAAAUGAGCAGUGUUAGCGUGGAAUCGAUGCUUCCUUAUCACACUGCAACAGCUUCUGCAUUGCUAACUUCAAUGCUUUCCGUUUCGCCGCGGAGCUACGGUUGGACUCUUGAAGGGCAGGAGAGGACUAGAUGAAGAUUUUAAAGGAGGGCUGUGAUUACUGAUCAUUGGUUGACAUUCGGCAUGAAGAUUUUCUUAUGAUCUUUCUGUCUUAUCCGUGUCAAAAUUAGUAUAGUAUCUUUACAAGACUCAGUUAAUGACCAACUUUGAUACACGUUUCAUGUUUUCGUUGCAUCUUCUAGCUUUUCAUUCUUGUGGAGGGAUCUAUUCAUUUACAUGACCGUGUAUAAGAUCCAUUUUUUCUUCUGUUGUAGAUGGAUGACUGUUUCAGUGAUUUGGAUUGCGGUGCAUUAUCGUCAUAAUUCCAUGGAUGUCAAUGGAAAGUGUAACCAUCUGUAGGGAAAUUAUUUUGCUUGUUCAAUUCAAAGGUCAACCUAGUUUAUGAUAGUCUUAAAGUAGCCUCCUAAACAAGGAGGAACCAUUUGUCUUUUCCAGGGCAGCUUGUUAUGCCUCCUUUAUUCUGAAAAUGCUAGGGUUAUUUCUUUUCCUGUUUAUUCUUGAUGUAGAGUCAAGUUCCUUUUGUGGGGAUUGGGGCUUUUCAAGGUACUCGUGUGGGGCAAUUUUAGAGCUGUCUUUCCAUGAUCAGAUAUUCCAGAAACAUUGUGCUCAUUGCUUUUUUAUGUUUAGAGUAAAGGUAUGGCACCAUCUUUGACAUA